ACGGACUGCGCACAUAAACCCUUUGAUUCGUGAGGACAGCGUUCCCUCCCUUCUCCGCCUCCAACUCUUCCAUUUUAGGGUUUCUGCUACUUUUUCACCACUCUCUCCAUCAUCGUCAAUUUUUUCUACAAACAAUCACACAGGAGAGAAAAUCAAGAAAAAAAGCAGCAAAAGAAUGUGGUAUCUCUGUGUCUUUUACCACAGAUUAUUAGACUACAGGAAACCCGAAUUCGAAUCUCUAGCUGAUCUCUUUGGUGCAUUCGACGAUGAUCCAAGCAGUUCACAUUCACUUGAAUGGAAGCUACCUCAGCAUCACCAUCCCGAUUCUCCUUUCCACUCCGUUAAUCUUCCUUCUGAGGAUAUCGCCCGCAACAUUGCCAAUCGAAGUAUUCUUGUGAAAGGAGUUUAUGAGAUUUGGGGAGAGGGAUCUUCAUAUGAAGAACUCAAAGAAGCGAUAAACAGUUAUCCAGAAGAUCGAAAGCUACCAUACCUAACUUCAGAUAGCACUUUUAGGAUCAUAGUAGAUAGCUUCGGAAAAGCCAUAACCUUCAAGGAUCAAACAUCUCGCAUUCAGGGAAUGUCCUACAUCCCCUUUAAGGGUCGAGUUGAUUUACGUAACCCAGAGCAUAAAUUUUGGCUAAUUGAAACCGAUGAUUACGAAUCUAACAAUGGGCUUCCACCAAUUGUUGACAAAAGAAUCUUUUUUGGGCGAGAAGUUGGUGCUGCUGAUAGGAAGCUUUUGCCUACAUAUCAAUUGAAAAGCCGUACUUAUCUUGGGCCCACUGCCAUGGAUGCUGAAGUAGCUUUUUUGAUGGCUAAUCAAGCACAAGCCAUGCCUGGGAAGCUUGUUUAUGAUCCCUUUGUUGGUACUGGAAGCAUUCUUGUUGCUGCAGCUCAUUUUGGAGCCAUGACAAUGGGAGCAGAUAUUGAUAUUCGGGUCGUGCGUGAUGGGCGUGGCCCAGAUUGCAAUGUCUGGAGUAACUUUAAACAGUAUGGAUUGCAAAUGCCAGUUUCGCUGUUGAGAGCAGAUAAUAACCUUCCUCCUUGGCGACCUGGGUUAAAAGAGAUCUUUGAUGCGAUCAUCUGUGAUCCACCAUACGGGGUCCGGGCGGGCGGCAGAAAAUCCGGUGGCCGGAAGCUUCUAAAAGGGGCAGUGGACCCCUACACCGUACCAGACAACUUAAGAUCCGGCCACAUCCCAUCAACUGCCGCCUACAGCUUAGCGGAAUGCGUCCACGACCUCCUUGACCUAGCGGCGAAAAUGCUCGUGACAGGUGGCAGGCUCGUGUACUUCUAUCCAGUUCUAAGAGACAACAACGAUACCUUGGAUGUUGAUUUCCCAAAACACCCUUGUUUUAAGUUGGUUGCAAGCUGUGAACAGAUUUUGAGUUAUCGGUAUAGCAGGGUAUUAUUGACAAUGGUGAAGAUUGGAGCGUAUACUGAUGAGAUUGAAGAGGCUGCGAGGGUGCAGCAUUUGGAGUUUAGGGAGAAUCAUGUGAAGUGGAUGGAGGAAGGGAAUCUUCAUUCUGCGGUUUUUGAUCCGGAUUUUGUGGGAUUUGAUGAGUUGGAUAGUAAAAGUGGGAAGGAUCCCAAGAAGAAAUAUAGGGGGAAAUAUGUGUAGGAUUAUGAGGUGAUGUUGGUUUGUAACUUUUGUUAUUUGUUAGGUUUGUUAUGUUAUAUGUAGC